AUGUUGAAAUCCAACCCGAACACCGUCCUUGGCCUGCUCUACAACCGAACUCGAUACUCAAUGGAGCAAUGGGCGCACUUCGACUGCAGCAAGCUGCACCUUUCAUGGGAGAUGGGCUUCUGCGAUGUUAACUUCUGUUCGCUCUGUGUUGUCAUGGAUGGACCGGAAUACGGCAAGACAGUGCCAUUUGACGCGGCCACAAUCCACCGCGGCCAUGUCCUCGGCUAUCCCCUGGCUCUUUGUGUCCUCGAAGCGCAGGCUCAUCUGAUGAAGUUCCUCCACCGACUCGUUGAUGUGAUUUUGGACGGCGUUGAUCCCGAAAAGGAAUCACCCUGCGACAAGUUCAUGAACGCAGGCAAGCUUGGGUUCAAGGUCACCGGUGAUGUUGCCCUUUGGUCAACAUACGUGUAUGGGCCAUACCCAGCACCGCCGAUAUUCGAUGCGGAGAACUUGGUUGCCAGAGCAAAUAUGGGUCUCGAAGCAGUAGAGGAUCAACUCGUGCUUCUCCAAACCGACCAGGCAUACCUUCGGAGAUUUUCCGAAAUCGUCAAGGAGGGCGGGGUGUUCAAGCUUUUCAGCUCGGUUUCUACUCCUUCACACGAGGCGUAUGGGAUCAUCGCCGCGGAGAUCCUACGUGAGGUAGAAAACUACCUUCAGUGGAGACUGGUCAAGGAGGAGUGCGAAUACGUACAUGAGCUCUUCCAACGUCUCCAUGAGCUCUAUAAUCGUCUCGGUGUCAAUACGCACCGCAAUGCACACCUCCACCUCCGGAGAGAGUUUGACUACGCCCUGGGGAGGCUGGAUUAUCUGCUAUACCACGAUGUUGAAUUCUAUGAAGAAUCCGUCCGCAAGGGUAUUCCACUGGUCAACAUCGUCAGCAAAGGAGACCUCGAUGCGCCGGAUAUGUUCCCGAAAGAUCCACUCCAGUGGUGCAUGACUCAGAUGAGCGGUGGUCCAGAUGAUGAGAGGCGUUUCGACUACGCAGACCUAUUCGGUUUCCUGGAUGACCAUCUACGGAAUGCUUCCGCUGCUGAAAAAGCCCGCUUAGAUUCCAUCCACCUAGCUUGCCUCUCUGAUCUGGCGGCAACUCAUCAGCUUCUUAUGAACGCAAUAGCAAGCAAUGGAAGUGGUGGAAUCACGCCCGCCAAGCAGAUGAAGUUCUUCGUGGGACGUUCCUUCAAUGUUGAUAACAUUUAUGCGGUUCUAGCACUCCGCCGCCUUGAAGCGCCAGAGACACCCAAUGUGAAGAGCUUGCAAGCACAACUCGAGCAGUCGGAUGCUCACCGUCAGGAUUCGAAGGUAUUCUGGGAUGGCGUGAGGCAGGUAUGGCAGACGAAAACGAAAAGGUGCUUCCCGCGCGAUACGGAUGACGAGAUUCGAGAAUUCCUCUCAGUAUUGCAUGCAGACAGCAGCCCUGAGUACCUCACGGCGGUAGAAGCAGAACGCGCAAGCAUCAUCGCCACCAUCGCGAAGCAUGCUGCUGUAGCAGACCGCUCCAUAGCUCAGCGCCAGGUGAACCAUCGUAAAGGGAAAGUCAAGACGAGGCCAGCAGAUGCCGGAUCGCCUCCCACGACCCCCAUCGUCAAUGAAUCGAGAAAGGAAGCAUCAGAUGGCGCCGGUCUUGGAGACCACACGGCCGAGGAAAUCUCCUCUCCGAUCACACUAUCGAGACGCGCCAACGAUAUCUUCACCAACAUGUAUCCGUCCACAGGAGAGGAAGCAGCCAAGGGCGUACAAUGGGACCAGUUCGUGUGUGUGAUGGGUGACGCAGGCUUCAGCGCGCGCAACGCCGGAGGUUCGGUCGUCGCCUUCGAGAACGAGGCCUACCUGGCACGGGGUAAGGCCGGCAGGAUCGCCUUCCAUCGACCGCAUACGGAGCCCAAAGUCAACCCCGUCAUGCUCAAAGCCAUGGGCAAGAGGAUGGCAAAGCGGUUCGGAUGGAGCAGAGAGCGAUUCACCUUGGCGACGUAG